AUGCCUUCACACAGAGAGGCUCCUGCUGCAGCUAGCCAUAGACGAGCCCCUGCUGCUGCUGCUGCUGCUGCUCCUGCUGCGGGAGCAGCAGCAGCAGCAGCAGCCCCCAGCCACAGCAGCAGAAACUCUGCUGCAGCACGAAAUACCCAGACAGACAAAACUCCUAAAAGUGGGGGCCGUGCAGCUCAGAGCGGUGCUGCGAAUGCCAGCAGCAGCAGCAGCAGCAGCAGCAGCAGCAGCAAGAACAGGAGCAGCAGCAGCAGCAGCAGCAGCAAGAACAGGAACAGCAGCAGCAGCAACGCGAACAGCAGCAAGAACAGAAGCAGCAGCAGCAGCAGCAGCAGCAGCAGCAGCAGCAAGAAGAACAACAGCAACAAAGCUGCUGUGCUGCGGGCAGCAAGCAGGAGGCCCCGCGGGCGGCCAAAGGGUUUAUUAGGAGAGUCUAUGGAUGCUGCUGAUGCAGCAGAGACAGAGAAGACACAGCAGCAGCAGCAGAAGCAGCAGCAGCAGAAGCAGCAGCAGCAGCAGAAGCAGCAGCAGAAGCAGCAGCAGCAGCAGCAGCAGCAGCAAAAGAAACAAAGAAGAGUAGAGACAGAGACACAGAAAGAAGAACCCCUUAAACUCAUCAACCAAAAACAAAGAGAAGACAGACAAAAAAGGAGAAAUGUUGCUGCUGCUGCUGCUGCUGCUGCAGCAGCAGCAGCACACGAAGCAAACAGAGUAAAGACACCGUCUGUAAAGGCAGAACAGCAGAAGGCUGCAGCUGGCAGCAGCAGCAGCAGGAGCAGCAGCAAGGAACCAUCAGCAGCAGCAGCAGCAGCAGCAGCAGCAGCAGCAGCAUCGCGCAAGCGAAAGGAAUCUGCUGCUGCAGCAAACAGCUCAAUGGACAGCAGCAAAACAAAAAGGGAGAGGGGACCUUACAGCCCCGCAGCAGCAGCAGCAGCAGCAGCAGCAGCAGCAGCAGCAACGGCAGCCGCAGCACAGCUGCAGCAGCAGCGGCAGCAGCUGCAGCAGCAGCUGCAGCAGCAACAGAAGCAGCAUAAGCGGCUGCAGCAGCAGCGGCAGCAGCAGCUGCAGCAGCAACAGAAGCAGCAUAAGCGAUUGCAGCUGCAGCAGCAGCUGCAGCAGCAGCAGCAGCAGCAGCAGCAGCUGCUGCUGCUGCUGCUGCAGUAG